GGAUCAUUGACAAAAAUGCAGUGCUCAACCAUGCAGUCUAAGCGCGCAGGCAGCCAGACGGCCCAGGCGGCGGCAUCUCGGCAAGGCGUCGUGAGCGUUCGUCUCAUCGGGCGUCCUGCGGUGUCUCCUGUAUGCGCGAGCAAGAAGGUUGGCCGCGUCACACCAGCUGCUCGCCGGGCCGAUACAAUCAAGGCUCAGUCUGCGGCCACAAUUGACAAGACUGCUGCUCCCUCGGUGACGCCCAGCAGCAAUGGUGCAGGCACUCGCGUCAUGAUCAUCGGCGGUGACGGCUACUGCGGGUGGGCCACUGCGCUGCACCUGUCGGCUCGCGGCUACUCCGUGUGCAUCGUGGACAACCUGUGUCGCCGGCAGUUCGACCUGCAGCUGGGGCUGGACACGCUCACGCCCAUUGCCAGCCUGCAUGACCGCGUGCGCAAGUGGUCCGAGGUGUCGGGCAAGCACAUCUCGCUGCAGAUCGGCGACAUCUGCGACUGGGAGUUCCUGUCGCAGGCCUUCACCUCCUUCCGCCCCGAGCACGUGGUCCACUUCGGCGAGCAGCGCUCCGCCCCCUACUCCAUGAUCGACCGUCAGAAGGCCGUCUACACGCAGACCAACAACGUGGUGGGCACCCUCAACGUGCUGUUCGCGAUCAAGGAGCUGGCCCCCGAGUGCCACCUGGUCAAGCUGGGCACCAUGGGCGAGUACGGCACCCCCAACAUUGACAUCGAGGAGGGCUACCUCACCGUCACACACAACGGCCGUACCGACACGCUGCCGUACCCCAAGCAGGGCAGCUCCUUUUACCACCUGUCCAAGAUCCACGACUCCACCAACAUGCUCUUCACGUGCAGGGCCUGGAAGGUGGCGGCAACGGACCUGAACCAGGGUGUGGUGUACGGCGUUCGUACGGAUGAGACGAUGGCCGACCCCUUGCUGAUCAACCGGUACGACUACGACGGAAUCUUCGGUACGGCACUCAACCGCUUUGUCGUACAGGCUGCCGUGGGCCACCCGCUGACGGUGUACGGCAAGGGCGGUCAGACCCGCGGAUUCCUGGACAUUCGCGACACGGUCCGCUGCAUCCAGCUCGCCAUCGACCACCCCGCCUCCCGCGGCGAGAUGCGCGUCUUCAACCAGUUCACGGAGCAGUUCUCCGUCAACCAACUGGCCGACAUGGUCAGCCGCGAGGGACGCAAGCUGGGCCUGGAUGUCGUCGUACAAUCCGUACCCAACCCCCGAGUGGAAGCGGAGGAGCACUACUACAACGCAAAACACACCAAGCUGGUUGAGCUGGGGCUGCAGCCGCACCUGAUGGCCGACAGCAUGAUGGAUAGCCUGCUGGAGUUUGCGGUGCAGUACAAGGAGAGGGUACGACAUGAGCUGAUCAAGCCGGCGGUUGACUGGCGCAAGACGGGGGUCAAGGUCAACACCAUGGGCGCUGCGGUCGCGCAGUGAGAGAAGAGGGGAGGUGGGGAGAUGUGAAGGAUGGGGCGAGGAUGAGGAGGGGUUUGUGAUGACAACUGACAGGAUGAGGGCAUGUGCAGGGAUGCAGGUGUCCUUGGUGCAUGCAGGGAGGUAGAGGUGUUCCUCUGCGGGCAAAAGGAAGUUGUCGUUGUUGUCAGGUGUUGGUUGCAUGGACGGUUAGUUGCGGAAAGGAGGAGGUUGUUUUGGUUAGGACGUUGUUUGAGGACGCUCACCCAGUCGCGUAGGUGUCAGCAGCGGAUGGGGGCUGAGGUCUGGGCUUUGCACACAUGCGAGGGACAGCAGGCAGAGGGGUGCGUGAGGGAUGCGCGUGGGGUUGUGUAGGGGGUUGAGUUCUAGUGGAGUCGAGGCAUGAGAGGGGAAGAGGAUGCAUGCAUGCAUGCGUGCAUGCGCGGAAUCUGUGACGGACUCUAUACGGAGGAGGAGGCGUGUCUGGGACACGUGAAGGGUUCAUGCUCCCUGUUUCAUGGCCGUCUGAGGUCUGUCUCAUUGUGGAUGCCCCGACCCCUCCCUAGUACAUGACUGCAUGACGGACAACGGGCCAGACUGUCCUGCGGGACAGCACCGCCGCAGGAGUCGUGGGGUGCGUUGCGCGUUGCAAACCGCGGGAAAAGACGCCGGAAACGCUCCGGUUGCACACUUGGUGUACGUACCGGUAUAUGCAGGUAGUGGACUGGCACAGUGAAGGUGCUGGGGCGGGUGUACUAGGUGGCUAUGAAGGGGCGUCCCGAACGUCGCAGGAGGCUGGAGGAUCGGGAUAGCAAGCUGUCGUGGAAAGGGCGAGCGGAUGGAGCGAUUUUGUAAGGAGGCC